GUCGUCGUCAUCACCUUUAAUAACAACAGAGACGGAGCCGCUGAAACAAAGCUAUAUAAUUUCAACAAUGUCAUCAACAACAGUGACAAUAGCAUCCGCGAUAAUAUUAAAAAGAAAAAUGUUUUAAAAAUAUGGAAAAUAGGAAAAAUAUGUGUAUACAUAUCUACAAAUACAUAUAUAAUCUGAAAUUAAAAUGGCGAGCAAAUAUUAUUUUGAAGGACAUGUGAUCAGAUAACAGUUCCACCCCCACCCACAUACCUUCCAGCAUAUGCUUGCUCACAUACAUGCAUGCAUACAUACGUACGUUCAUUCAUACGUACAUAUAUUCAUACGCACUUAUACAUACAUACAUACAUACAUACAUACAUACACAUAUAAAUAAAUAAAUAUAUAUAUACAUUAUAUAUACAUACAAUCAUAAUUGCGUACACGCAAACACGCGCGCACGCAUAAUCUAAAAGAGAGAUCAGCUACAGUAAGAUUAAUUAUAUAUCAGGGUCACUAUAUAUUCAGCGAACAAAAUAAACAGGUAAUAACCUGGUUGUUAUAUCCAGUAACAACAAGAACAACAAUUGCACUAAUUUUAACAAGUCUUCAUACAUUUUGAUGUUGAUGAAAAAACGAACCCUUUCGUAGAACUAAUGGCCGUGAUGAAGUAAAAAAGAAGUCUGGUUUCAAAGUUAUGCCUCAUGUAACUGUUUUUAAUGUCUUUUCCCAGAAAUAUCCAUCUAUAACCUCAUAUUGUGUUUCUUUGAGCGGAUACCGCAACUUACAUCUGCUGUAUUUCACCAUGAAUGACUGCAUCUACAGAUUGAUAUUUCUAUUUUUUCUAUUAUUUUUCUUUUACCUUGGAUAUCGACAAACAUUGCCAUCAAGAGGAGUAAAUAGAUAAAGGAACAUAAACGGGAUGCCUUCCAGAGCUAAUUCACCCCUGGCAGAUGAUAUGGAUCCUUUGGCUGGUCCUGACGAUAACACACAGGCUUCAUCUUCACAUCGUGGUAUUUCCUACAUUACGGCAAGUAUAUUUAUUAUUGGAGAAAUUGCCGGAACUGGUCUGCUUACUCUACCUAAGGCUCUGGAAGAUACGGGAUGGAUCGGAAUACUGGUUAUCACCUUAGGCUGUGCUUUAUCAACUUUUACGGGAAUAACUUUAUCAAAGAACUGGUGUAUACUGGUGGACAGGUACUCGGAGUACAUGGAAAGUAACCAGCAUCCUUAUCCAACCUUGGGCCAGAUAACGUUCGGCAAAUUUGGCAGGUUUAUCGUAUCUUGCUGUAUCAACAUCACACUAUUCGGUGGCUGUGUAGUCUUCCUUUUGCUGGGUGCCACAUUGUUAACGGAUCUGACUGCCCCAGCUUUACCUCUCUGUCAUUCAGUACUAGUAAUUGCAGGAGCACUGGUUCCCAUCUCCUGGCUUGGAACGCCCAAAGACUUCUGCUACAGAAACAGUGUAUCAGUGACAAAAGUCCCGUUGUUCGUUACUUUAUUGAUCUACCUACCGGUCACAAUAUUCGGGUAUUUAGUCUUCGGCAAUCGCUUAACAUUCAACGUCUUGGAGAUCAUCUCAGAAAGUCGUCUUCUUUUCGCCACCAAAAUAACUAUCUUUGUUCAUAUUACUCUGGCAUUUAUAAUACUCCUGAACCCAGUUUGUCAAGAAUUUGAAUCUUUUCUAGAAGUACCGAAUCGGUUUCAUUGGAAGCGGUGCUUGCUUCGUCUAAUAAUCAUGCUCUGCAUCGUAUUUAUGGCAGUUAGCGUUCCAAACUUUGGUUCCAUUCUCUCUCUCAUCGGCAGCUCUACUAUAACUCUCUUGAGUUUUCUCUUCCCGUCUUUAUUCUACUUAAAACUCGCCAGACAAAAGGGACCAUGGAAACAAAUUGAUGUUCCACUGCAUAUGAUGGUCAUUCAUUUGGAAAUCAUCGGGGUCGGAUUAUUUGCAGCAGCGUCAGCAACAUUCUCUUCUUUAGAACAAAUGAUCAAUAGUAACUUUGUUAGUCCUUGUUAUACGUGAACUUAUUUAAAACAUUGGCUAUAUUUUUUUAUAUCAUUAAUACUCCAUCGUUAUUUUAAAACUAAAAAUAUCAUUUUUUUUACCCACAAUUCCGGGAACAUUCCAGGAAGUUUAACAGUAGCAGUACUGUACCAAUUCCCGUAAAAAAUUUAUGCUGAAGUUAUUCCGUUAAAGGAAAUUUUUAAAAUAGAGUAAUAAAAUUUUUAAGUGAGAUUAAAAAAAGAUAUAUGUAUUAUAUUUAUGUCUAUGCAAUUUUCAAAAGUUUUUUAAUAUAUAUAAAACAGAUGCUCAAUAGUAACUUCGUUAAUCCUUGUUAUGUGUGAAUAUAUUUAAAACAUUGAGACUACUUUAUAUAUCAUUUGCCCAUUUUUUUAUUUAUAAAAUGUUGGUUACCCACAUCUGGAAUGUUCGAGAAAGUUUUAACAUUUAUAUUAUUGUAAAAUUUUCAAUAAAAAUUUUAAGCUGAA